AUUUUAUAUGUGCUAUUUUUUUUUAUUCGUCCAAAAAAACGGCGACACUAGGAGUAUAAAUUAAUUCUUUGUUCAUAAUAUAAUAUUAAUAAUUCUCAUUGAAUUAUUGUAAUCAUCUUUAUAUAGUUAGAAAAAUCCAUUUCUCUAUCGUCACCACUGAGCCAAAUGACAACUACUUUUCCAUUAUUGAUUUCCCUCUAAAUUUCCCUUACCUCACAUAAUACGCCACCCCCUAUCAUUUAAAAAACAGCCCAUUUUGUAAAAUUUGAUUCCAAAAACAGAGAAAAUCCAAGAGGGAGAAAAAGGAGCAUAUUUUCACCUACAUCUAUAGGUAUAGCGUAUAGGUGAGAUAAUUGUGUGAGGAUUUUUGGGAGCUUUUAACAUGGCGGAUGGCCAACAACCACCAUAUCUUAUAAGGUACGAGCAGCUAAGCUUUUGAAUAAACAAAAAAGGGACCUAUAAAAAAACUUAGUAAUUAUUCCUAUAUUUACUUGUAUUAUUAUCUUUUUUUAAUUAUUGUAGAGAGAGAGAGAAAGGAGGAUUGAUUGUGUCGGUGCUUUUAAGUUUUAAGUAUAUUAUUUUUUAUUUUUUUAAGGAGUCUUUUAUUAGAAUUUUGUUUUUUAAUUAUAUUAAAUAAAAAUAUGCUUUUAAGAAAAUCAACGUAGAGUAGCCACAACCGCUACACCCACAAUAACCUUUUGUUCACUUCCAGCUUUUUUUGCCUUUUCAUGGGUAUUCUUUCUCUCUCUGUUAUUCCUCCCACCUUAGCUCUAGAUUACAGGGAAGCUAAAAUUUUGUAAUAAUUCCACAUAAUUAUUAUACACAAGUCAGAGAGAAUUAGAGGACGAAAAGGUGCUUGCUGAACAAGGAAGAUGGAGGUAGGUGGUGGGGGUGAAAGUGGAGUUACUGCAAGUUCAGGGGUCUGUUGUGGUGGUAAGAGAAAGAGCGAAAGGCCAUACAAAGGGAUUCGUAUGAGGAAGUGGGGGAAGUGGGUUGCAGAAAUUCGAGAGCCAAACAAGCGUUCGAGGAUUUGGUUGGGCUCGUAUUCGACCCCAGUUGCAGCAGCACGGGCUUAUGAUACAGCUGUUUAUUAUCUAAGAGGGCCUUCGGCCCGAUUGAAUUUCCCAGAGUUGUUAGUUGGUGAUGUCGGGCUUAAUGAUUUGUCUGCUGCUUCAAUUCGUAAAAAAGCUAUAGAAGUUGGUGCGCAAGUUGAUGCUGUACAGAACUCACUUGCAAAUCAUCAUCAUCACGAACAUCCACAAGAAAAGUUGGAAGCUCCAAGCCCGUCGGAGUUGAAGCCCUGUUGGUUUCAAGAAAAGCCCGAUUUGAACUUAAAGCCCGAGCCCGAAGAUCCAGAAUUGGAUUACUGGUGACUGGUAAUAUUUAGUUACUAUCGAUAUUACCAAUAAUAAUAGUAAUUAAUAUGCUAGUGUAAUUUUAAUUUUUUUUUUUUUUUUUGGCGUUUUGUUUGGGGUGCUUUGGUAAGAAUGCAAGCGCCGCUCCAGGUUGUGUUAAAACUCCUAGCUUAGUAGCCUAGGAUUGUUAUAUUCUAAAAAUUAUCACCUCUUUCUUUUAUUUCGCUUUCUUUUUAAUUAAGAAAAAAAUUAUCAGCUCAA